AACCUCCUAAACAAAGGUGACAGAAGCCCAGGUCUGGUGCUGCUGCUGCUGGUGCUGCUGCUGGUGCUACUGCUGCUGGUGGUUCUGCAGCCUUGGAGCAUGGCCACCACCAUGAACCCCUUCCCAUUCCCAGACUCUGAAAAUGAAAAAGACAACACUGGAAACAACCAGACUUUCCCAAAAACACCUUAUCCUUCGCCCAACCAUGCUGUCCCAGAGCAAGACCCCUGGAGUCGUCUCUAUGGAACACCUACCUUAGCAAGCAUCCGAAGAGAAAUCUGGUACUUACAACCUGAGCCUUCCAGAGACAGUCUGGAUUUUCAUCUCACCGCUCUGUACAAUCACCAUGAAGACCUGCUUAAAGACAAGAGCAAAGUAGUUCUCCAUAAAGAAACAAUCUUUGAUACCCAUGGGAUACCAAGGCGUUUAGAGCUUGGACAGGAACAUGUUGAACCUUCAAUUCAUCGUCCCACUUCCAGGGGCAUCUGUGUAAGACAUUGGAUGAGCCCAGUAAAAGAGUCAAUCCAUAGUAUUGAAGGGGCCAUUGAGUCUCCACAUACAGCAGCCACUAACAGUGGAUACUCUCGCAAGGAGAAUGGAGGGAUCUUCUAUCACUAAAGCUGCCACCCAGCUGACUGGCCAUGCUGCUGCUUUGAUCCUUUCAACCUGCAAUCACUUAGUCCUGGGCUAACUCUUUGCAUUGAGUUCCUUCAUUAAACCAUGCAGCUUCACUGAAUUCUAGUAAGGGCACAGUGAUACUGUAUGUCAGUGGUUAAUGAAAAAUCCCAGACAAGCCGUUUCCUACUGGUAGGUAAAUCUACAAACCCAGCAUGCCUAAAAAUCCAAAGAUUUCAUGAUGGACUCCGUCAGUCCAGAAUAAGGUCAGUUUAGACUGAAUCAUACCUUAUUUGACUCUAAUAUUACCUAUAGUAAUCUAAGAUGGUUCAAAACUGUUCACAGUAAACUAGCUAAAUAAAAGCCACAUUUAUAGCUUACUCCCAAACUAUCAAAUCUUCUGAGCAUUUGUUGCAAUAUCCUGAAAAACCUGUUUUUUCUGUCCUGUAUUAAAGUCAAAAUUAUUGGAAAUUUUCAGGAAGAGAAUGCAUUAUAUUUUCAGAGACCAUGUGAACAAAGAGUGUGCUUGUCUUAAGAUGAGAACUAAGAUGUAUGCAGCCAAAAGUAAACAUUUUGGGUUUUUUUCCCUGAUAGAUUUGACCAUA